CGUGCGAGAGGCGGUCCUACGGGCCGGCCCAGCCCGUUCGGCGGCGGGGGCCGGGCGGGGGAGGGGCGCGGCGGUGGCAGGCGGGUCCUGUCGGGCGCGGAGCCGCCGAGUCUCGGCUCUGCGCGCCAGGGCGGCCGAUGCCCUCCGCGCUCCUCGCUCCGCUGCCGCAUCCGAGCUGCGCUGGGACGAGGCGCCGCACCGCGGGGCCCACGCCGCCGGGUGAGCAGAGGCGCGGGCGGAGCUUUCUGGUCAUCCCUGGAACCUCCAGGAGUAGGAAGUCAAGCCAAAGGCCCUUAAGUCACAAUGCUGCUGGGAGCAUCUCUAGUGGGGGUGCUGCUAUUCUCCAAGCUGGUGCUGAAACUGCCCUGGACUCAGGUGGGAUUCUCCUUGCUGCUCCUUUACUUGGGGUCUGGUGGCUGGCGUUUUGUCCGGAUCUUCAUCAAGACCAUCAGGCGAGACAUCUUCGGCGGCCUGGUGCUUCUGAAGGUGAAGGCAAAGGUUCGACGGUACCUUCGGGAGCGGAGGACAGUCCCCCUGUUGUUUGCCUCUACGGUGCAGCGCCACCCUGACAAGACGGCCCUAAUCUUCGAGGGUACAGACACCCACUGGACCUUCCGCCAGCUGGAUGACUACUCAAGCAGCGUUGCCAACUUCUUGCAGGCCCAGGGCCUCGCCUCGGGCGAUGUGGUUGCCCUGUUCAUGGAGAACCGCAAUGAGUUCGUGGGGCUCUGGCUGGGCAUGGCCAAGCUGGGUGUAGAAGCGGCGCUCAUCAACACCAACCUCCGGCGUGACGCCCUGCGCCACUGCCUCACCACCUCAAAGGCACGGGCCCUUGUCUUUGGCAUCGAGCUGGCCCCAGCUAUCUGUGAGAUCCAUACCAGCCUGGACCCCUCGCUCAGCCUCCUGUGCUCAGGUCCCUGGGAGCCCAGCUCAGUACCCACCAGCACAGAGCACCUGGACCCUCUGCUGGACAAGGCCCCCAAGCACCUGCCCUGCCACCCGGACAAAGGCUUCACAGAUAAGCUCUUCUACAUCUACACGUCGGGCACCACAGGGCUUCCCAAAGCUGCCAUUGUGGUGCACAGCAGAUACUACCGCAUGGCUGCCCUAGUGUACUACGGAUUCCGCAUGCGGCCCGACGACAUUGUCUAUGACUGCCUCCCCCUCUACCACUCUGCAGGAAACAUUGUGGGCAUGGGGCAGUGCCUGCUCCAUGGCAUGACGGUGGUGAUCCGGAAAAAGUUCUCAGCCUCCCGGUUCUGGGACGACUGUAUCAAGUACAACUGUACUAUCGUGCAGUAUAUAGGUGAGCUGUGCCGGUACCUCCUGAACCAGCCGCCCCGGGAAGCAGAGACCCGGCACCAGGUGCGCAUGGCGAUAGGCAACGGCCUCCGACAGUCCAUCUGGACGGACUUCACCAGUCGCUUCCACAUCCCCCAAGUGGCCGAGUUCUAUGGAGCCACCGAGUGCAACUGCAGCCUGGGCAACUUUGACAGCCAGGUGGGGGCCUGUGGCUUCAACAGCCGCAUCCUGUCCUUCGUGUACCCCAUCCGGCUGGUGCGUGUCAACGAGGACACCAUGGAACUGAUCCGGGGGCCCGAUGGCGUCUGCAUUCCCUGCCAGCCAGGCCAGCCAGGCCAACUUGUGGGCCGCAUCAUCCAGCAAGACCCUCUGCGUCGCUUUGACGGCUACCUCAACCAGGGUGCCAACAACAAGAUCGCUCAGGAUGUCUUCAAGAAGGGGGACCAAGCCUACCUCACUGGCGAUGUGCUGGUGAUGGACGAACUGGGCUACAUAUACUUCCGGGAUCGCACAGGUGACACAUUCCGCUGGAAGGGUGAGAAUGUGUCCACCACCGAGGUGGAAGGCACACUUAGCCGCCUGCUGGACAUGGCUGACGUGGCGGUGUAUGGUGUCGAGGUGCCAGGAACCGAGGGCCGGGCUGGCAUGGCAGCUGUGGCCAGCCCUGCCAGCAGCUGUGACUUGGAGAGCUUUGCACGGGCCUUGGAGAAGGAGCUGCCCAUGUAUGCCCGCCCCAUCUUCCUGCGCUUCCUGCUGGAACUGCACAAAACAGGGACCUACAAGUUCCAGAAGACAGAGCUGCGGAAGGAGGGCUUUAACCCGGCCUUGGUGAAAGACCCGCUCUUCUACCUGGACUCCCGCAAGGGCCGCUAUGUCUCGCUGGACCAAGAGGCCUACACCCGCAUCCAGGCCGGCAAAGAGAAGUUGUGACCUCCACCCCAGAGGGGUCCUGGGCGAUGCCAAAGCAAGCAGGGCCUGAACCUCAGUGGCCCCGAGAUGUUGACCCCCUCCUUCCACAACUGCCGAGUGUCACACUGCCACCUCCCCUGCCCUCCAGGGCUUUCUGUGAAAGCCUUGUAUUCCAAGUGAUGCUGUCCAGGCCCCGGCUGAGACUGAGGAGCCCCCCUCAGGACAGUAUCUGGAUGAGGCUCGGCAGGGAGAGUGGAGGAGGGAACUUGUACAUAGGACCAAGGCAGGCAGUCUCCGACUCAGAAAGCCAACAGUGGGCAGGGACAGAGGUGGCCAUAGGUCUGGUGGCCAGAGGGGACCCUUGCCUUAGCCUUGCCUGCACCUCCAAAAGGGGAGGAAGAGCCAGUGUGGCCCCAUUCCCUGCCACAGCAGGUCAGGACAACGCCCAUGUCUCAAAACCCCACAUCCUUGUCUCCCUGGGAGUUUCUAGCUGUCCCUCAGAGCCUUUUGUCCUUGUGGGUCUGUGUCACCUUUUUCCACCGCAACCCUGGCCUGCCUGAGAAGAAGGAUAGGAGGGAGGGCUCAGGGGCCAAUAAACUGUCUUGACUCCUA